AUGAGAGAGUACCCAAAAGCACUUUUAUUUUACGAAAAAGCACUUGGAAUUCGAGAAAAAACUCUUUCUUCAAAUCAUCCUGAUUUGGCUACUUCCUACAACAACAUUGGUUUGGUGUAUACAAAUAUGGGCGAGUACUCAAAAGCACUUUCAUUUCACGAAAAAGCACUUGGAAUUCAAGAAAAAACUCUUCUUGCAAAUCAUCCUUCGUUGGCUAUUUCCUGUAACAACAUUGGUGAUGUAUAUGCGAACAUGGGAGAAUACUCGAAAGCACUUUCGCUUUCCAAAAAAGCACUUGGAAUUCUAGAAAAGUCCCUUCCUGCAAAUCAUCCUCACUUGGCUGGUUCCUGCAAAAACAUUGGUUUACUAUAUAAGAAGAUGGAAGAAUAUUCAAAAGCACUCCCAUAUUUUGAACGUGCUUUGAACAUUCUCAAAGUUUUAUUACCUCUAAAUCAUCCUGAUCUUAAAGAUGUGAAAGAGGAUAUUGAAAUUGUAAAAAAGAAAUUAUAA